AUGGAUUAUGAUGUUGAUUAUUACCCUUCUUAAAUCAUAGAAACAAUUGGUGAUGUAACAUUUAGUAGUUAAUUUGAUUCUGGAAAUUUGAAAUCUGUAAGAAAGGAAUCCUAUAAUAAAGUAAGGGUGUUUGAUUUAGAAUUUAGUAUAUUUUAACGAUUUGCAAUGAUACAGGAAUAAAUGGGAAGAGUGCAACAUACAGGACUUGGUUUUAUUUUUCAGUGGAGGGAAUGGAUAAUGCAAGUUUAGUUACAUUUGUUAUAUCGAAUAUGCAAAAUUAAGUAGUAAUGAAAAACAAUUUGAGAUUGGACUGUUUAAAGAUGGAAUGCAACCUGUAUUUAAGACGAACAAUGAGUGGCAAAGAGUGAGGUAUCCUUGUCAGUACCGUUUGUUACCAGAUGGGUUGUUUGAAGUUACAUUCCAGCACUUAUUUUAAAAUAAUUAGAAGGUUUACUUUGCUUUCACAUAUCCAUGGUCAAACUAAGAUAAUGAAGUAACUAUUAACAAUAUGUAGCAAUUCAUAAAUUAAAUGAUAUAAUAUGGUAGACAAUAGAUUAAGGAUCUCUAUAUAAAAUUGAAUGUUCUAGGGUAUUCAAAAGAAAGAAGACCAAUUCAUUUGUUAACCAUAACGAGCAAUAAUAAUUCAACAAAUAAAGUUGAAGAUCCAAUUAAUAACGUAUUUCCUGAAGCAUAAGAGAGUCGACCUAUAGUGUAAUUGAUGAAAUUGAUGAAUUAGAUUCAAAAAGAAAUACAUAUUCAUCUCAGCCAGAGUUCAUCCAGGAGAAUUACCAGGGUCACAUGUAUUGAAUGGCAUAAUCAAAUUUUUAUUGAAUCCUAAUGACAAAGCAGCAGAAGUGGCAAGAAAUGAAUUUGUUUGGGUCAUUGUUCCAAUAAUAAAUCCAGAUGGAGUUUAUAGAGGUCAUUAUAGAACAGAUUCAUUAUGUCAAAAUCUCAAUCGUUAUUAUUUGAAUCCAAGUUUGAAUGAUCAUCCAACUAUUUAUGCAAUCAAAGAAUAUAUAUUAAGAUUGCAUAAUACAGAUAGAUUCUAUGCUUAUAUUGAUUUACAUGCUCAUGCAGGUCAUAAAGGAAUCUUUAUAUUUGGAAAUCAAUUACCAAAUUUACAUAUGCAUACAUAGAAUUGUCUCAUACCUAAAUUAUUGACAUUAUACUCAGAAAUCUUUGAUUAUGAUGGAUGCAAUUUUACUGAAAAAAAUAUGUAUUCAGCUGACAAAGGAGAUGGAUUAAGUAAAGAAGGAAGUGGAAGAGUGGCUCUAUAUAAAGAAACUAAUAUUAUAUAUUCUUAUACUGUAGAAUGUAAUUACAAUUCUGGAAAAAUUACUAAUCUAAUACCUAAAUCUAGUUAUCUCUCUGAUUAGGAAGGUUUUAUUGUUCAUAUCAUUUCUAGACAUUUACUAUACCUAUGGAAAUGAAUAAAUUGAUGAUUAAAUUGUCUUAGGAAUACCACCAUAGACUACAACCAAUAAGACAUAUUUUUAUACUAUUAAUGAUUAUGAAUAAGUUGGCCAAAGCAUUAUUUUAGCUCUUCUUGAUGCAAAUUUACUUAAUCCUUGUAGUAAACUACCUGAUUCUUAAUUUAAGACACUAGCAAAUCUUAAAUUAUUCCUUGCUUACAAUAUCAUGAAAGUUAUGCAUUUUAGAUUUGAAACAUACUUAAGAAAAGUUCUUAAGUAUUUAUUUUUUGUUUACUUUAUAUAGGAAUAUUAAUAAUAAAGAAAAUAUAUAAAGAACUUUGAAAUCUUUUUAUGAAUACAUUAAAAAUAAUCAAAUCAGAGAUAAUUUAGAAUAAAAUGAAUAAUAAUAAACGAAAUAAUAGUUUCCAAGAAAACCUAUUUAAUAAGAAUUAAAGUUAUAAAAAUAGACACUUUAAUUAUAGUCUUAAAAAUUAGAAAAACUACCUGAUAUUUAAAAGAAAUCUUUUCAAUAAAGACAAGUGUCUCAAGAGAAUUCUAAAAAUAGGAAUACUUCUGAAGGGAAAGCAUAACCAUAAUAAUAAUAAUUUUAAAAAUAAUAUAAAUCCUUUAGAAUCACCAAAAAUUGUGCUAAGGCUAUUCAAUAAUAAUGA